UGAAUUGAUCUGGUUGUGUAAUCAGAACACACACACACACACACUAAAUGUUUGUUUUCUUGAGAACAAACAUCUUUUUAUUAUUGCAAGAAAAUGUCUGAUGCUAAGCUUCCAUAGUCUCAGUUUGCUAAAUCUUGUAUCUUAUCUCAGUAGAUAGUUUUAAGCGAUUUUUGAAAAAUCUUCAACAGGGUCAUUAAAAGAGGUGAUAUAAUAAAGGUUAUUCCAACCGUUAAUCCAAAUGUUGGUGUUACAGCUACAGCUGUUGUUUCGUCUGAUAAAAGGUUCCACCCGACUCAAAUGAGAUCAGUUAACAGUAUGGAGAAUUCUGAGUUGCUUACUUCACACAUAGGAAAAAAAUAUUAUCAAAAUAACAAAUUAAGACAAAAAAAAAACCUUGUUGUAUCAUCAAGAAAGUUUCAAUAUAAGAACAAUAAACAUUUCAGAAGUAUUGCUAGAAAAACUUUUGGUUUUAAUCGUGUGAAAAGAAAUUUGCCUAUAUCCAACCCACAUCCUCUAGUUUUAGAAUUGCCAAGUUUAAACAAAAAAGCUCAAACAAGUAAUGAUUUAAACUUUUUUAAAUCAAAGCUUCCAAAUAUUCAAAAAUACAGUGACAACAGUAGAUUCUAUGUUAAUGGGACUCUCUCAGGAAUAAAUACAAUGUUAAAUGAUGAAAUUGAAUCAAAGGCAUUGGAAGGCAAAGACUUUUCUGAGUUUGAUUAUUUUGACUCGACUCCACAAAAGAAAUAUUUAGAAACAUCUGUUGCCUUGACAACUGAUAACAGCAGUAGUUUAUUGCAGAACUUAUCAGCUUUAAAUCAAACUUCAACUUUUAUUGGAACUUUAAACGAAAUAAACACUAGCAAUAAAAAAAUUGAAGAUGAUAGUAAGUUCAAUGAAUUAGGUUAUGCUGAUUCAUCAAGUUUGUCCAGAGAAGAUGAAGAAGAUGAUGAUGAAAUGUCACCUACAGACUCAACAUAUUCUGAGAUGUUGCCCGAUAGUACUUCUGAACCAAUUGCUGAAGAUGCUAUCGAAGAAAAUAAGAAAGAGUCAGAGAAACUAGAAGAAAAUUUAGAAAAAGAGAGUGAUGUUGAAAAUGAAAAUUUAUUAUCAGAUGAUGAUGAUAAUGACGAUACUAGUCCAACUGAUGAACCAAUCACAACACCAGUUUCAUCAUCUUCAGCUUCUCGAAAAAAGAGAAGUGCAAUCUUUCUAAAUUUCUAAUAUGUUAUGUUUAACACUGUAAAUAAAUUUGCAAUCAUUCA